AUGCUUAAUGACUGGAUUGGUGACUAUUCUAUCUUGCGCUGUGAUAGAAGCCGUAGAGCCGGGGGUGGAGUGGCAAUUUUGCUAAGGAAAACUAUAAAUCAUUCAGUUAUCUUUUCUGAGUCAAUUCCACUAGGUUACGAAAUUCUUGUUACGGACAUCGCCACCCCUGAAUUUCGCUUUCGGAUUAUAUUAGCAUACAGACCACCGUCGACCUCAUCCACUAUUACUGAACAGUUAGCCAAGGCUAUCAGCGAUCUAGCGGCUACAGCAAUCCCGGUAAUUAUAAUAGGUGAUUUUAAUCUUCCAGAAAUUAAAUGGGAUCGAUGGAAUGAUAUUGAAGAAUCAUAUCACCCGCUUGCCGAAACUUUUGUUUUGCAUGGUUUCAAGCAAUUUAUCGUCGAACCCACCAGGGGAACUAAUAUUUUGGACCUAUUGUUCUCAAAUGAUCAUGAACUUGUUAAGAAUGUUUCUAUUUCGGUAUGCGUCCCACCUUCUAUUCCUAUUUUGAAGAGGCUAUUCUCUAAGUGUGAUUACCUGCGUGUUGCAAAUUACCUUUUUGAUAUCUUAUGGAUCGAAUCUUUCGAAUCGGUUCCUACAGUGGACGAAAAAUACAAUAUGUUCCUGUCAAUCCUCAAUCAUUCUAUUGACAUUUUUGUUCCUUGGAGCCAAAGCCGUAGUGGUGACUGGAAUGAGUUCAACACAUUUUCUAAGAAGUUUACAGAGCGUCUGCUUAAAUAUAGCAAAAAAGUCGAAAAGAAUAUCAUUCAGUCUAAGAACGCACAACGCUUUUACAAAUUCAUGAGGUCUAGACUCCGUAAAGAGUCACAAUUUUCGGAUUUGAAGUACGAGGGUGAAUUACUCUUGAAUGACGAUGAUAAGGCAAAUGCUUUCGCGAAAGAGUUCAGUAAGACCUUUCAACAGGAUGACAGUCAACUUCCAUCCUACUCUCACACUGUUCCAAGCACAAUGCAAACCUUCCCCCAUUUCGACCCUAGAGAUAUCUACAACCUUUUGAUGAGGUGGCCGUGCUCAUUCUCUAUCACCCCUGACCAUAUUCCUUUCGUAUUUAUCAGGAAAAUCGCUCACGCUAUCUCCUUCCCUCUGGCUUACAUAUUUAAUCAGUCUAUC